UCGGCUUAUAAAUUGGCGAUCGUUCGGAUUGUUGUUAAAUUUUGGAACUACGUAAUUCUUUAUUAAAAUCGAGGCUGGUCUGUCUGUUAAAGAAUUCAGAAAGAUGAUUAAGAUUGUAUUUAUGUCAUUGUUCUGUACUGCCCUAGCAAGGGAUUUGCACUGGGAGAGUCAAAGCGCCAACCUGUAUUCAAACUUUCAAGAAGUUCUUGAUGUGGAAGUCGACUGGCUCAAAUUUAAAUCAUUCCACAACAAAGUUUAUGCCAAUGAAGAAGAAGAAAAUUUGAGAAAGAGAAUCUUUGCUGUGAAUUACAGGUUCAUCUCUGAACACAACCAACUGUAUGACAAUGGUGAAAGAUCAUUUACUGUUGGGAUCAAUCAAUUUGCUGAUAUGACUGUUCACGAGUUCAAAGAGAUGAUGAACGGACUGAAAAUAAAUGCUGAGAGGGUUGGAGGGUCAACAUACUUGUCACCCAACAUCAACAUGACCUUGCCCACUGAAGUCGACUGGAGAAAGAAGGGACUCGUCACGCAAGUCAAAAAUCAGGGUCAAUGUGGAUCAUGCUGGGCUUUCAGUGCAACUGGUUCGUUGGAAGGUCAACACAUGAGGAAGACAGGAGAUUUGGUUGAACUCAGUGAGCAGAACCUUGUCGACUGCUCUACCAGUUAUGAUAACAACGGUUGCAAUGGUGGUCUCAUGGACAAUGCUUUCGAAUACAUCAAAGCUAACAAAGGCAUUGACACUGAAACAGCUUACCCGUACGAGGGUCAAGAUGGUGAAUGCAGAUUCAAGAAGAACAAAAUUGGUGCCACCGUGACAGGAUUUGUUGACAUUCCAAAAGGCAGUGAGAAGAAAUUGCAGGAAGCCCUGGCCACAGUUGGACCUGUGUCUGUUGCCAUCGAUGCUAACCACCAAUCAUUCAUGCUAUACAAAUCAGGUGUGUAUGAUGAGCCAGAAUGCGAUGGUGGACAAUUGGACCAUGGUGUGCUUGCUGUUGGCUAUGGAAGUCUCAAUGGGAAAGAUUAUUACAUUGUCAAAAACAGCUGGGCUACAUCAUGGGGUGACAAAGGCUAUGUGUACAUGAGCAGAAAUAAGAAGAACCAAUGUGGAAUUGCCAACAUGGCCAGUUACCCUCUCGUAUAAGAACACACGCCAACGUUUUUAAUGUUCCUUUGACCCGUGUAAUUAUUAUUCAAAUCAACUUUUAUUGAUUUUGUAAUGUGUCUUAUUUUUAAAACUUUGAUUCAUAAAGGCCCAUUCAUCAUAUAUUUGUAUGUUUUUAUUGAUCGUGACAACUUUUGCGUUGUGCCAGAUCUCUGAAAAUAUUGAAAAUUUCUAUGCAGAUUUAUUAUGAGAGUUAUUUUUUAUGAAUGGAAUGCUGAAUGUGUGGAUUUGAACAUCACUUUUAAUCUCGAAUUUGGACGGGUACAUAUAUGAAAUCAAUUAGUACGUUUGUAACAAUAAAUUACUUAUCCGUGUUGGAAAUAUUAAUUAGUAGUUG